AUGUCCGAACAACCUUGGUCGACUGCAUGGAUGUUCAACUAUAAGCUUGAGCAGUUGACGCUGCUUGUCUCACCCAGAUGCACAUGGCCUUCACCGACUCCAAGUGCCAUUAAACCUAAGUCUCUCGCGACUGAUGUUUACUAUCGCCAACGUAAUGGGCGACUAGUCCCAUCAGACAUGCAUUUUUUGACUGAUUCGGUGAACGACCAAUCGGGCAAAUGGACGGAUUAUGGCCAAAACAAUUUAGUGCUCACCGCUGUUUCUCACGAUUUUGACUCUGUGGUGGUCUCCCUUGAGGAGCCUCACAACUUCAAGGAUUUAGCCAUUGGGGGUUUCGACGUGCCCAACAAACCAGAGGACAAUGUCGACGUUUAUCCAUUCGCAAACGGCGAUAUGGGUGAGAAUGAUACGGCGGCAUUCGAUCCGGGUUUCUUCUUCCAUCAUUGUUACAUAGAUUAUAUGUUCUGGAAGUGGCACAACUCUCACAACAAGUCCAAACAGCUGAAUAUCAUACCUGGCCUCGACGGCACAGAGGGACUGAGUCUCGACACUCCCCUGGUUCCAUUCAGCCGAGAGGACAUUACCCCCGGAGAUACGCGGCCGAUGACUUCCAAUGUAGGUUUCACCCACGUUACCAUCGAAGGCAACAAGAUCCAGGCCGAUAUUGGAACAGCACAGUGA